AUGAGUAGUAAAUUCAGACUGUCUCCAUUGUCAUCAUCAUCGUGCUCCUCGUCAUCCUCAUUGUCUUCUAAACGUGAAAUUAGUGUGAGGCGCAAGUCCAGUCGCUUGAAUUCAUUGUUAUCGAGUCAGAACAGCUGUGGUGAUCAGGACAUUGUCAGUGUUAAAGUUAAGAAAGAACCACCGGAGGAUGAGAUAAAGGAGUAUGCAGCAAACGCAAUGAGUGAACUCCUCGGUUGGUACGGCUACGACAAAGUCGACAGUGGCUGCACUCGUGGUCUCAAUCUGGAUCACUUUGCCUCCUCCUCGAGUCCCAAGUACCAUCACCAUGGUACGACACGACUGACCACCAAAGUUACAUCUCCCGGAAUUCCCCGGCAAAGUGUCUCAAGGUCACCUACAUCAAGGACUUCAAGGUCAUCGCCGAGUAUCUCAGUUGUAUCGUACAAGGAGAAUGGCCUUGCCCAAUCGUCUCCACCCCUGUCGCUCAGAACGGGACCGGCGAGUCCUAGGAUUAUCGAAAACAGUGACUCAGCGUCAGAUACCCCUGAUAGUUCAACGACGUGUUCAUGGUGUGGUCGUGCCGGCGGAUCAUGGGAGCCGGGUUCAACUGGUUCAAUGUCAUUCGGUGUGAUAAACAAUUCCGGUCGUUUCUGCAGCGAAGCGUGCUUCGCAGCGGGCAGACGUGCUGCAUUCAAAAGAGCCAGAACUUGCGACUGGUGCAGGCACGUUCGACAUUCCGUCAGUUAUGUUGACUUCCAGGACGGAGAAAGUCAGCUGCAGUUCUGCAGCGACAAAUGCCUAAACCAGUACAAAAUGAACAUCUUCUGUCACGAGACGCAGACCCACCUAGCCCUCCACGGCCUAAGCAGUGCAUCCCCAUCGGCCCUAACGACAAACCCAUCGAACCUCGGUGGUCUCAUAACCCCCGAUCUUUGGUUACGAGACUGCCGCUCCCCGCCCCCGACGCCCGAAGAGCCCGAAGAAGAUCCCCUCAUAGUAGACGACGAGCCGUCUCCCUGUGACCCCGAAGACGCAUCACCGGGCAUAAUCUCCACAAUCUCUCCCAACCGGGAGGACAUACCAUCCCCAAACAUCGACGUGGAAGAGGCAACCGUCGAGGAAGCGAUAAAGGAAUCCUUGAAGGACGAAGAGCACAGGAGAUCGCAGUCCCAAAAGGCCGAGUCCCCCCCGAAAUCCAAAGACCCUGAAGACAGUGAUGAGCGCGGUGACCCAAAACCUCCAAGUCCCAAAGAUAAUUCACAUCCCAGAAAGCCAAAGCCCCAGGAGAACUGCAUUCACCUGAAAGACAUGCGAAAACUGAUGUCGAAAGGAAGACAAGUGACGUCGAAUCACUCGAGGCCUAGAAAAUGGCUGACGGAGCCGAUUCCGGUAGAUCCCCAGGUCCCCAGAUCCGCCCCCGGUCUCAUCAACCACCCAAACAUACCAAAUUACGUUCCUCAUCCCCAGAACUACCCACUCCGUCAGCAGAUCACGAUGGGCGUCGUGGGACCAAUGGGACCGCCCCUCCACUCCUACCACCCGGGAAUUCCUCCACAAAUAAAUACUCCCCAAACAGGAUUAUUACCCCCUGUAACCGUUCUAGUCCCCUACCCAAUCCCCAUACCCAUCCCCAUCCCAAUACCAAUCCCCAUUCCGCUCUUCGGUAAAUUCUUCCAGUCCCGGAGUUCUGAAGAUAGUGAUGAGAAAAAUUGUGAAGGGAGCAAAGAGUCCUCUACUGAGAGCCCUCAGGACCUCUCCAAACACCGGAAGUUCGAUGAUAGCUGUAGGAAUUUAGGAGAGAAAAUUCUGAGGGUUGACGAGUCCGUUGCUUCACCACCUGUUGCCAGCGUUUCGAAUCUACCGACAGCUGUUUUAGAGGCGGAAGGGGUCGGUUUAGGGGGAGAGAAAAUAGUCAAUUUGAAGAGACCCUUGAGGAAGAGACGACGACUCUCUGGGGGGAAUCCCGACGAGGUUGAGGGGAGAAUCAAGAGGAGGAGUAAAAUACUACCUGUGUAAAUGGAUUUCCGGUGAUUGGAGUUUGAUUUACGAAUUAUACAAAAAUGUUAUGUAACAGCAAAAACCACACCAUCGCUUACGGCGCGAACAACGGAGUGUUAUAAGGAAACGCGGGACGAAUUCUGAAGUCAUAAAUUCGCUAAUUGAAAUAUAACUGUCAUGAGAUCUUCUCCACGUGAGAAACUUACACUCAGCAUAAUUAAUUGAACAUCAGAAAUCAUUGGAUUCUAGAAAUCAAUGAGCCGAUGACUGGCUGUCGUUGUCUAAGACACUUUAGCAUCGGUAAAAAUUAUUUCCUGAAGUGUUGGAGAAAUUUAGGAAUAAUGUGAAGAAUUUAUUUGAACAGUUGAAAGAGUAUUGUCUGAUUGAACGGUAAUUAGUGGUCGCGCAGCCACGGAAUUUUGACACAAUAUUUGUACCUCUAUACUAGAAACAGAAAUAGGGAUCCCAAUUUCGAUUAAAUGAUCUCUCGACUUUCAAUAACAAGUCAAUUACAGAUAGGGGAGGGUAGGGCAAAACGGACUCCUAGGGCAAAACGAACC